AUGGAAACCGUCGCAGAAACACAACGCCAACAACUCAUGGCCCAACACGAUGCCUCCGUGCAUCAUGCCGAUAGCUUGAGUCGACAAGAAAUCAAGGUGGAAGGACUCAAGAUGCCCAAGUACUACGGAAAAUUUGACGAAAGCAUUAGCCUGUUUAUUCACCAAGUGACGACCUACUUCCAUGCGAAAAACAUCGACCCUACUUAA